GGGAGAAAAAAAAGACAGGUUUUCCUCUUCUUCCGCGUCAUUGUCUUCUUCUUCUUCUUCUCCUGCGAGUCUGCGACUGUAACUAAUCUGUCGGAAAAGCGAGCUUUAGUGUUUCAAUCUGCAGCCAUGUCCGUACAAGUGAAGGAAGAACCUGUGCUUGUGCCAAAUUGUGAAGCUGGAAAUCUAGAGCUAGCUGUUGUCGAUGAUGGAAAUGGGGAAGGUGAUAUGGAGAGUUUUGGUAAAUCUGUGGAUGAUAUUACCAAGAGGGUGAAUCAGCUCGAGCAAAAGGUUGUAGAGGUCGAGCAGUUUUACUCGGACAAAGACUUGGCCCAUACAAACACCUCAAAGAGUAACUCGGCCGGGAAGGAAACUGUUAACGCUCAAACAAAUCCUUCAAAGGGUAACUCCUCGGCCGGGAAAGAAAAAGUUAAGGGGAAACAUGUCUCAAGCCCGGAGCUUAUGCGCCAAUUCGCAUCGAUCUUUCGCCAGAUCACUCAACACAAAUGGGCAUGGCCGUUUAUGCAACCCGUAGAUGUCGAAGGUCUCAAGCUUCAUGAUUAUUACAAGGUUAUAGAGAAGCCGAUGGAUUUGGGAACGAUAAAAAGCAAGAUGGAGGCUAAGGACGGAACAGGGUACAACAAUGUCCGAGAGAUAUAUGCCGAUGUCAGGCUGGUUUUUAAGAACGCGAUGAGAUACAACGAGGAGAAAGAGGACGUUCACGUGAUGGCGAGAACUUUGCUGGAGAAAUUCGAAGAUAAAUGGCUUCUUAUAAUGCCUAAACUCGCCGAAGAGGAGAAAAAACAAGCCGAGUUGGAGGCAGAGGAACGUGUGAAUAAGCAGCUUGCUCAAGAGGUUGAGCACUUGAACAUGGCUAAGGAUCUGAGCAAUGAACUAUACGAGAUCGAUAUGCAGCUGGAGGGACUCCGGGAAACAGUUGUUCAGAGAUGCAGAAAGCUGUCUACUCAAGAAAAGAAGGGUCUUUCGGCAGCUCUAUGCAAGCUUUCACCCGAAGAUCUGUCCAAAGCUCUGAAAAUGGUUUCGGAGAGCAACCCUAGUUUCCCUGCUGGUGCACCGGAAGUGGAUCUCGAUAUCGAUGUUCAGAGCGAUGUGACGUUGUGGAGACUGAAGGUGUUCGUCCAAGAAGCACUGAAAUCUACCAGCAAGAGCUCUGGAGGAACAAACGGUCAAAACAACAACAACAACAACGGCAACAGCAACAACAAUGGCGGGGAGGUAACGAAGAGCAAUGCGAGAAGAAGGAAAGAGAUUUCAGAUGCGAUCAAUAAAGCUUCCAUUAAAAGGGCUAAGAAGGUUUGAACAUGUUUCGUGUAAAAAACUCUGCCAUGAAUGCUCAGGAACAUGAAACUGAAUCAAAGCUUCAUCCCAGAGAUUUGUGGGAUUCAAAGUUUCAAACUUUA